AUGGCGCUGAGCACGGCUGAGCGGGGGCAGGUGGAGGUGAGCGCGCUGGGCGCGGUGGCGCUGCGCGGGGUGCCGAGGCCGGUGGAGAUGUACCAGCUGGACGCCGUGCCCGGUCGCACCUUCGCCGCGCUGCGGUGUGAGAAGGGCGAGGAGGCGGAUCUUGACGCCAGUGUCGGUGACAGUAAUGCCUCCGGUUUUACUCGCAACACGUGCUAUGACACAUCCGUUCGGUUUAUUUCGUGUUUGUUGAGCCCGUAUGCUCCCCGCCAGCGUGCCGGUGUUCUUGCGUCUCUCUGUGCGAGGUGGCGCGUGCAUGGGGUUGAGCGGGGGGUGAUGUCCUGCGAUGAGCACUGCAGCGCGCUGGUGGAGGUGCUCGCGCGUCGCGUCAGCCGUGUUUAUGGCCGAAGCGUGGAGCCGUGUGCGCCGAUUUCUUUUUUGUGGUCCGUCGCUUCGUCAACGGGAUCGGCGCGUGUGACGUGUGGGGGGCGGAGCGUUUGCUCCGUGUCGCAGGCUGCGCCGCCGUGCGUUCCCGGCCUGCAACCCAUUGCGUCCCCGAGCGGGUUUGCUGCUCAGGCGCCGCGGGAGUUGUGUGGGGGGCCCGCCGACGUGCGCCCAGCUGCGCUGCGGGGGGCUGGGCGGAGGGUGCGUAUCUCCCCUGUGUCCUCGGAGUCGGCUUCUGUGGGCUGA